ACCUAGCGUAAGUCUGCGCCACAAGGCAGCAGCUGUCACUCAAAGGACAUUUAAAUGGCUACACUGUACAAAACUGCCUAGCUUUAUCGUACUGUACGAAAACAAUGAUUGGGAUUCCAUUUAGUUAAUGGUACAUUUAAGCAGAGUGUUUUCUGCUGUUUUUAUGCUGCAGUUGUUCAUUCGUAUAUGCAUUGUGAAGUAUUACUCGUAAGUCUAUAUUUUGUCUAGUCUUAGCACCGUGUGUAUACGUUUAAAAAAUGAACGAAGAGGAAGAGACCUUGCACAAAACCAGACAGGGGUUUGAAGAGCUCUGCCGGGCUUUGAAUAUGGACGAGGAGGCGAGCAAUGAUGCCUGGAAGAAUUAUGAAAAUAUUAACAAAAACUACACUUUAGAGGGCAGUGAACUGCAUUGGUUGGCCUGCGCUCUGUAUGUCGCCUGCAGGACGUCAGUUCCCACCGUGGGCAAGGGGACGGCCGAGGGCAACUACGUGUCCCUGACCCGGAUCCUGCGCUGCUCAGAGCAGAGCCUGAUCGAGUUCUUCAGAAAGAUGCGGAAGUGGCAGGACAUGGCCGACCUGCCGCCGGACUUCCGCCAGCGCACCGAGAAGCUGGAGCGCAACUUCACCGUGACGGCGGUCAUCUUCAAGAAGUACGUCCCCAUCUUCCGCGACAUCUUCCGGCCGCCGUCCGACGACCCGCCCCGGGCGCACAGGAGCCGGAAACAGCGACGUCAUCCCUGCACUGUCGCAGAGCUCUUCAACUUCUGCUGGAUCCUUUUCGUCCAUGCCAAAGGGAACUUCCCGAUGAUCAGCGAUGACCUGGUGAACUCGUACCACCUGCUGCUCUGCGCCCUGGACCUGGUCUACUGCAACGCCCUGCUCUGCUCCGCCCGCAAGGAGCUGCUCAACCCCACCUUUAAAGGUCUUCCGGAGGACUUUGGCAGUAAGGACUUCAAGCCCGGCCCGGGCCCGCUGUGCUCCAUUGAGAAGCUGUGUGGGCUGCACGACGGCCUGGUGCUGGAGGCCAAGGGCGUGAAGGAGCACUUCUGGAAGCCCUUCAUCAAGAAGCUCCUGGAUAAGAAGAUUCUCAAGGGGAAAGAGGAAACCCUGUCUGGCUUCUUGGAUCCUGCUAAUUUUGGCGACAGUUUCACAUCCAUAGGCCGGGUGUACGAGGAGCACGUGCUGUCCACAGGCAGUCUGGAUGAGAGGAUCUUCCUGGGGGACGGAGCCAAUGAGGACAUCGGGACGCCAGGGGCCUGCUACUGCGCUGUGGGCACGGAGAACAGGGAGCGCCCAACACACAACCUGCACAGCUCCCAGACUGCCUCGGCCCUCAGAGUCUCCACUCCUCUGACCGGCCGCAAGUACGUCCAGGACGGCGGCGGCGGCGGCGGCGUGGGGACGCCGGUCUCCAUGGCGAUGCAGAGCGUGGGCCGUCUGCACAGCCUGCUGACGGGGCUGAAGCAUGGGCCCAGCGACAAGCUGGCCGGCACACUCAGGGCCUGUGCCAGGGACCCCAGCGAGGCCAUCUCUAACCGACUCAGAGACAUGUCCGAGACCUUCUGCCAGCACUACGAGUCAAACAAAGAGGAGAACAACAGCCUGGCCAAAGAUAUCGGAGUGAAGUAUUUCCGCCUGGCUGAAGCCCUGUACUACAAGACCCUGGAGGCCGUCAUCAACCAGGAGAAGAGGAGGCUGGGUGACAGCGAUCUCUCAGGGAUUUUGGAGAAGGAUGUGUUCCAUCGCUCUUUGCUCGCCUGCUGUCUGGAGAUCGUCAUCUUCUCUUAUCGACCGCCGGGCGAAUUCCCCCGAGUUAUCGAGAUUUUCGAGCUGCCCCCCUACCACUUCUACAAGGUGAUAGAGGUGAUGGUGCGGGCUGAGGAGGGCCUGUUUCGGGAGGUGGUGAAGCACCUGAACCGCAUCGAGGAGCAGGUUCUGGAGAGCCUGGCCUGGAAGGGGGGUUCGCCGCUGUGGGACAGCGUCAGAGGGGCCAAGAAUCGGGUUCCCGCCUGUCAGGAGGUGAUGCCUCCCCAGCACUUUGAGGGCGCCGAGGGGAACAGCACUGCUGGGGGCACCCCCCUCACCCCCAGCCGUCUGAACGAGCUCCGCGCGAACACCGCUGGAGCCGCCAAAGUGUCUGCCUCUCCCGCCACUCUUCACGAUCGCUACAGCUCGCCCCCUGCUGGCGGCGCGGCGCGGAGGCGGCUGUUCGUGGACGGCGAGGCGGGCGCGGAGCCCGCCGCGCCCGUCCGAGUGACCCAGACCCCCCUCAUCAGCGCCAUACCCGCCGGCCAGACCGUGGUCACCAUGGCGACGGCCACCGUCACCGCCAACAACGGGCAGACGGUCACCAUACCUGUGCAAGGAAUCGCGAACGAGAACGGGGGCAUCACCUUCAUCCCGGUGCAGAUGAGCGUGACGGGGCAGGGCGCGGGCACGCUGCAGCCCCUCACCGCGCAGUCCCUGGCCGGGACGCUGACCGCGCAGCAGCUCGCCGGCGCCGCCCCUCAGGCGGCCGCCCAGAACAGCGCCUCCCCCGCGCAGCUGGCCAAGCGGGCGGGGCCUCAGAGCCCGCUCGCCAACAAGCCUCAGAAAACCGGGUCGCUCUCCCUGUUCUUCCGCAAGGUGUACCACCUGGCCAGCGUGCGCCUGCGCGAUCUGUGCGCCAAGCUGGACAUCUCCGCCGAGCUGCGCAGGAAGAUCUGGACCUGCUUCGAGUACUCGCUGGUGCACUGCACCGAGCUGAUGCUGGACCGACACCUGGACCAGCUGCUCAUGUGCGCCAUCUACGUCAUGGCCAAGGUGACCAAAGAGGACAAGUCCUUUCAGAACAUAAUGAAGUGCUACAGGACCCAGCCUCAGGCCAGCAGUAGUGUUUACAGGAGCGUGCUAAUCUCUGGGAGGAAGAGGCGUCACUCGGGCAGUAGUGAGACUGGACAGAGACAGAGCUCUCCCAGCGAAGCCAGCCGAGAGCGUGGGAGCGGAGACAGCAGCCCGGUCCCCAUGCGCUCCAGCAGCACCCUUCCCGCCCCCCAGCCGAGCAGCGCCCCGCCCACCCCCACGCAUCUGGCGGGGGCGCCCGCCGAGCAGGACGGCGAGGAGAGGGGCGACCUCAUCCGCUUCUACAACACCAUCUACAUCAAGCAGAUGCGCCUGUUCGCCCUGCGCUACUCGUCCAGCUCCGCCGCGGCCCCGGGCACGGAGGCCCCGCCCCUAUCUCCGUACCCCUCGUUGAGGACGGGCUCCCCACGCAGGGUCCUCCUGUCCCACAAUCACUCCAUCUACAUAUCCCCUCACAAGAACGGCAGCCCCCUCUCUCCCCGGGACAAGAUCUUCUACUACAUCAGCUCCAGUCCGUCCAAGCGCCUGCGGGAGAUCAACAGCAUGAUCCGCACGGGAGAGACGCCCACCAAGAAGCGCAGCAUGGUGCUGGAGGAGGGCAGCCAGUCGCCCGCCAAGCGGCUGUGCCAGGACAACCAGACCGCCCUGCUGCGCCGGCUGCAGGACGUGGCCAACGACCGCGGGUCCCACUGAGGCUGGACACGCCCCCACCCCCUCGACCUCAGCCGUCCCCUGACCGCGGGUUUCACUGAGGCCGGACACGCCCCCCCGACUCCAGU